GGCAGACUAGUUAAGGACACCGUUGCUGACAUACCGAGUACACGAAUGGUGGAGUCUGUGUUUGAAACGAAAGAGAACGCGCUAUCUGCUCAACAAUCCUUGAAGAGCGACUAGACCUUCAUUUGAAGAUGUUGGAGCGACCGUACUUCCCUCAUCUCGGGGACGGGACCCGUCAUCAGCGCCCACUUUGGUCAGACCGGCGAGGGCGCCGACUGGCUCCUUGCAUUCUCUGGCAUCUCUGGCAUAAUAUUUCCAUAUUUUCCAUAGAGCUUGACAAGAUCGAUGGAACGAGGUUCAAUUGAUCCUGACUUCGCGAGUCGUUGUUUGAAUGUUCAAUUGCGCAAUCUUACCUUCCUGCUGACACCGAACCUGGAAGAGCCCAGAGUGGAAAGAAAGCAUGAAACCAGAUCAGGACCUGUUUGGCAAGACUGCCUUUAUAACGGGUGGCUCCGGUGGAUUAGGAAAAGCGAUUUCCAACAUACUUGCUGCGCGUGGUGCCAAUGUCACAAUAUUCGCGCGACGGCCGGGUCCUCUAGCAGAUGCGAAGAACGAGAUAGUCGGGAAUUGUGUGGAUGCGGAUCGGCAAGAGAUCAAUGCCGUGGCGGUGAAUAUGGCUGAUGCCUCUGAGGUUUCGGAAGCAUUCAGAUCCCAACCCCGAAUCGCGGAUUUCCUGUACUGCUGCGCGGGGGGAAACCAUGCCGAGAACGGGUUUUUCAUCGAUCUCAAAGCCACGCAGCUCGAUUCUUGCAUGAAGAAUAAUUAUUAUUCCUCUGCUUAUGCUGCCAAGGCCAUGUUGGAUAUCUGGGUUGAGGACGACAAGAAACCUACCGGCAUCGACAUGUCAACCAACACCACUGGACCCAAACCCAGAAAGAUUGUUUUCGCCAACAGUGCGGCGGCGUUCUUGGGGUUACCCGGGAGCGUUGCUUAUACGCCUGCCAAAAGCGCGGUCCGAGCCCUUGCAGACACCCUCCGCUUGGAAGUCCUCCGCCACAACUCCGCCAAUACCACCUACACAAUCCACAUCGCCUUUCCGGCCGACUUCAUCUCCCCUGGGUUCGUCCUCGAACAAGACACCAAACCUGACCUCACGAAGCGGAUACAGGGAACCAACGUCGCCACUUUCGCGCAGCUGGAGGCGAAAUUCCCUUCUUCGGAGAAAGUGGCCCAGGGGAUAGUUGCGCGGGUAGAUAAAGGGGAUUUUAUUAUCUGCGAGGAUUCAUUGGCCGCGAGCCUUUUGUUUACGAAUAUGGUUGGGUUGAGCCCCAAGAGAGGACUUGGAAUAAUGGAUUCCUUGUUGAGCGUGGUGAUGGGGUGGUUUGUCGUGCCGGUGUUGAGGAGGAGGUGGGAGAGGAUGUGCAAGGAAGAUGGUAGUAGCCGGUUACGAUAAAAGGCCCCAGGGGCAUCUCGCAUGAGAUUGAGUGGCCAGAUUUUGU